GUGCGAGCAGUGGAACAGUUGAACCAAGUCGUUUAAGUCUGACGUUCAUAUCACUGUUGAGUCCAGCAUCCAGAUAGCAGGUUUAAACCGUUUACCGACUACAAUUUCAACGGGCCAGCUCUCUUAAUCACUGGUGCCGCAUAUUCGUACAUUCGUGCCGACUCGGUUCAAAGUCCACCGGGCCCGGGAUAUUAGCACGACCAAAAGCUUGUCUGGAGAGCAUUAAUGGUUCAAUUUUGUCCAGAUAGCGAUGCGCUGGAUCUAUCAGAUGCCUGCGUGCGCGCCUCUCUUAGUGCCAUCGUCCCUGCUGCGUUCGUCUUCGCCCUUUGCCUGUUCUCCAUAAUACCCAUUCCUGCAUUCGCCCGUCCGCUUACCACCGCUAUCAAAUCACCCUUCCGCACUUAUUUGACAUUGCGCGAGGCUGAAGCUCUAGAUGUUGAGGGGGAGAACACAGGCGAUAUAGUCACCGACAAUACUGUUCCGUUAUGGCGCACCGUACUUCUCUCAUUCGUCGCUUUGGUUCAGGCGCUUGUCUGGACUGCUGUUGGUGCAUACAGCAUUAUCAUGGACAAGGCCCAUGUCUGGGCGGGUAUCGCACCCCUUCUCAUUGCUACCACUUGGAUAUAUGCCUCCUGCAAGCCUGUCUUUUGGCCUAAGCCAACCAUCCACUACGAUCUCUUCGCCUUGUUUGUGCUACACCUCGUCCUUGGUAUCAUCCUACUUGGUGGUACAGUGUAUGAACACGAAGUUCUCGGUGUUCCAUUGCCUCCAAAACUCCCAUUCGUGGGCCUCAUUUCCAAUCUCGUCGCCAUUCUCGUGGUCAUUACCACCGUAGGAAAUAUGCCUUUUGAGCUGCCGAGCAACCGUAUCAAGAAAGAAGAUAUUUAUGUCAAGUACUCUCCUGAAGAUUAUGCUACCAUGUGGGAGUGGAUCACUUUCUCAUGGGUCUACCCUCUCAUUAGGCGUGGCUCAAACAUGACCAUGAAUGAGGAUGACGUUUGGGACCUUAGUCCUACUCAGCAAUCCCGUCCAGUGUUCAUCAAGUUCAGCGCCAUCAUUCGUUCUUCUCUCCUUCGCCGUCUGUGGGCUGCAAAUUCAAUGGAUCUCAUUAUGGAUUUCUGCCUGACUUAUGUCAGCGUCACGUUCACUUAUGCCUCGCCAUUCUUUUUGAAGCUUAUUCUUGAUGCUAUCGAGGAACCCACCCCAGAGAAAAGAUCUCAAGCAUACAUCUACGCUUUCUUGGCCUUCCUGUGUACCUUGCUAAAAGCGCAAGCCGAUGUCCAACACUUGUGGUUCGGGCGGCGAGCAGCAUCAAGGAUGCGUGUCGGAUUGAUGGCUGCCAUCUACGACAAAGCCCUCAAGCGUCAGGACUACUCAGGCAUCGUCGACAAAGACAAAGCGAAAGAAGCUGCCGACAAAAAGGCGGGUAUCAAGCCCGCCGAGAAUCCUGCUGCGGAUGACCCCAAGGCUGGCGCAGAUGUUGGAAAGAUCGUCAAUUUGAUGGCAGUAGAUGCCAAUAAGAUUGCCAUGAUGGUGACUGGCGCAUAUUUCAUUUAUGGAGGUCCGCUCGAGAUUGUCAUUGCCACCACCUUCCUCUACAAUCUUUUGGGUUUAUCUGCAUUUGCUGGCUUUAUCGUCCUUCUUGCUGGCUGGCCUUUGAACAGCUAUGUCACUAAACGCAGUAUUCGCAUUCAGAAGGGUGUAUCUGCCUCGCGAGACAAACGUAUGGCAGUCCUUAACGAGCUCAUCAGUGCUGUCAAAUUCAUCAAAUUCUUCGCGUGGGAGGACCGCUGGAUUCAACGGGCAAUGGAGGCCCGUGGGGUGGAGAUGACUUGGAUGGUGAAGGCUCGGAUUAACUCAGUGCUAUUCUCUAUGAUCUGGACCUCAGCUCCUAUUUUGGUGUCGCUCAUAUCGUUCUUCGUUUUCGUGUACCAAGGCAACCAAUUGACUGUGUCGGUUGCGUUCACGUCCAUUGCGCUGUUCAGCAUGAUUCGUCAGCCGCUGGGUAUUAUUCCAGCUUGGAUUGUUCAAAUCCUGCAGACUGGCGUUGCAUUGAAACGUAUCGAGACCUACCUGGGGGAAGACGAAGUCGACGAGCAGGUGUCUUCCAUCAAGAAGGUUCGCGCACCCCAUGUCGAUGGAGAAGACGAUACGCUUUCAAUUGAAAAUGGAUACUUUAAGUGGAACGAGGUUCCUGAGAAGCCUGAGAAGCCUGAGGAGAACUCGAAAGCGAAUGGCAAGAAACAUUCUCCUCCCAGUCCGAGUGACGAGACUGGGACUGUUGUUGAUUCCGAGUCCGAAUCCAUCCGUUCGCUCCCUGAAGAUCACAGAUUCGAGCUGAAGGAUAUUUCGGUGCGGUUCCCCGAGGGUGAGCUAUCCUUGAUUACUGGACCGACGGCGAGUGGAAAGACUGCUUUGCUCAUGGCGCUGCUGGGCGAGAUGACGACUAUCAGCGGAAAACUGACCAUUUCGAAGAAUACGUCGAAGAUAGACGAAAAUGGACUUAUGCACUCGAUCUCAUAUGCUGCUCAAUCACCGUGGCUGCGCCAUCAAUCCAUCAAAGACAACAUUCUCUUCGGGCAGCGUUAUGACGAGGAGAGGUACAAUGAUGUUGUCGAGUGCUGUGCGCUGCGGCUGGACUUAAAUAUGUUGGAGGAUGGAGAUGAUACCGAGAUUGGCUCUAGGGGAAUCAGCUUGUCGGGUGGCCAGAAAGCUCGUGUUGCCCUUGCUCGUGCUGUGUAUGCUCGCACGAAGUAUGUCCUCUUGGAUGAUCCCUUGAGUGCCGUGGACAGUCAUACUGCUCGGUUCUUAUACGAGAGGCUCUUCCGCGGACCGCUGAUGGAAAACCGUACUGUGAUCCUGGUCACUCACCACGUAGAACUCGUGCUUCCUGGCACAUAUUACUUGGUCCGCAUGCUGGAUGGUCGCAUCGAUACCAAGGGUACUGUCAAGGAUCUCCGUGUGCAGGGCGUUCUGGACCACAUUACGCAGGAUUCCACUGCGGAGGUCGAAGAAGAGAAGCCAAUAGCUGCCACCGAGGCCCCCAUUGAAACGCAGGACAUCGCUGAGGUGGAUACGUCGGCAGAACCGAAGAAGAAACCUCGAAAGCUCGUCAAGGAUGAGCACCGGGAGGCUGGAGGCGUCAAGUGGUCGAUUUAUAAUGCAUACCUGAAGGCAUCGUCAUACCGGACGUGGUUCCUGCUUGGGAUUCUGAUUGUUUUCUCGCAGAGCUUGGGUGUUCUUGAAAAGCUCUGGGUUCGGCAAUGGGGUGACGCGUACGGCGAUGGUGCCCAGCCGACUCCCUACAUCAUGGCAUCUUCAGUAUUGACCGAGAACGAAGCGCUGAUGAACGGCUACGUGCCCUACCAUGACCAUCAACACUACUCGAACAGCUACUUCCAUGUCAACUCCCUUGGCCUCAGCUCAAUCACGUUGCCGGAUGUUCAUGAACAUCCGCUAUUCUACGUUGGUAUUUAUGCAUUGAUCGGUUUCACCACCGCGGCAGUCAGCGUGUUGUCGACUGCUAUCCAGUACAAUGGAGCGUUGAAAGCAUCAAGAUCUAUUUUCUACAAGCUUUUGACGGGUGUCGUGCGCGCCACGAUGCGCUGGCAUGAUGUCACACCGGCUGGCCGCAUGCUCAAUAGGUUUGGAAAGGAUAUUGAAACCAUCGACAGCAAUCUCGCGAGCUCGCUAUCAGCUGUCAACUCAUCAUUAGCGACGUUUGCCGCUGCAAUCAUCACUGUCGUUUUUUUCUUCCCGAUUUUCCUCAUUCCUGCUGUGGUCAUAGGUUUCUUCUACCGCAUGCUAGCUCUUGGGUAUCUGAAAACUGGCAGAGAUCUUCGUCGCAUGGAGUCUAAUUCCAGGUCGCCUAUCUUCUCUGAGUUUGGCGAGUUGCUCGAAGGUAUUGUCACGGUUCGGGCGUUCUCUGCUGAACAGCGCUUUUUGGACGACCUGCAUGGCAAGAUCAAUGUCACUACUAAGAUGUGGUACAAUUUCUGGAUGACGAACCGAUGGCUCUUAUUGAACUUUGAUGCGCUAGGUGGGUUGGCUGUGUUGACCACCACUCUCCUUGCGAUAUCAGGUGUUGUCUCGCCUGGUACCGCGGCUCUGUGUAUCACAAGUGCGAUGACGUUUACGAUGAGUGUCUACUGGGCCUGUCGGUUCUGGACCGCACUUGAGCUUGAUUUGAACUCCGUUGAACGUGUCGUGGAAUACCUCGAGUUGCCUCAAGAGCCUCCUGCGAUCAUCGAGUCUAGUCGUCCUCCAGCUUACUGGCCGUCUACCUCAACCAAGGAAGGGUUGAUAACUGUCGAGGAUCUGGUCAUUAAAUAUGCUCCUGAGCUCCCUCCUGUCCUGCAUAAUGUUUCUUUUACUCUUAAUGCGAAGGAACGAAUUGGGCUUUUGGGACGUACGGGUAGUGGAAAGUCGACUUUGGCAAUGAGCAUUCUUCGCUUCGUCGAUCCUGUCAGUGGCCGUAUCUUGAUUGACGGGAUUGAUAUCUCCACGAUUGGUGUCCAUGAUCUUCGCUCUCGUUUGACUUUCAUUCCUCAAGAUGCGACUCUGUUCUCUGGCACAUUGAGAGAUAACCUUGAUCCAUUCGAUGAACAUGAAGAUAGUGAAUGUUUGGACGUCCUAUUCCGCGUGCAAAUGCUCAGUGAAAGUGCUUACCAAUCUCAACAUAACUCCCGCGCACCUUCUCGUGCAUCUACGCCCGAUGACGUCGCCUCCUCUGCUGCGUCAACGGCCGUCACCGACGUGGACUCCAAGACAACCGUCACACUCGAUACUCAGGUGUCCGCAGGCGGCACGAACUUCUCGCAGGGUCAACGGCAGCUGAUCGCGAUGGCGCGCGCACUGCUGAGGCGGAGCUCGAUUGUUGUGCUUGACGAGGCAACAAGUAGCAUUGACUUUGAUACCGACGCAAAAAUUCAGGCGACGAUCAGGGAGGAGUUCACGGAUUCCUUAUUACUCACAGUUGCCCACAGAUUACGCACCGUAAUUGAUUACGACCGUCUCAUUGUGCUUGAUAAAGGAGAGGUUGCGGAGUUCGACACACCGUUGAAUUUGAUCCAGAAGGAGGAUGGAAUAUUUAGGACGAUGUGCCUCAAGAGUGGAACGUUCGUUGAGCUUGAGGCGGCUGCCAAGGCCAAGGCCGAACGCGGUGCAGCAAGCGCUAGGACAUAAUCGGGUACUUGAUUGGGUUUGACUUGCUUUGUAUUUGCACUUUUGGGUUUACCAUCGUUCUCUCGUAAACAGACAUGAGCUUAAUCAGGGCGGAGCCGGUACAUGACAAGUUGACACAGCUAGAGAAAUGUACGUCGACGAUGACGGACACAUGGGAUUCUUGAAUAUUCUUCCUUGCGAUAAGAUCAUGGUCGUAUGCUGACAAUAGUCAUUGGGUAUUGUGUUGUAGCGGCGCCGAGCGCCGGCGA